GUCACUUGAUGGUUAGACUGGGACCAGGUGAGCCUCCAAAGGGGACCCCAGCAGAUGGUGGAAAUGUUCUUUUUGGAUACAAAGACUCCUGGGCAUGUCAAAUCCAUAAUACUUUCGAUCACAAGCAUGCCAUCCGUCUCAUGAGGCGCCAAACUUCAUGUUCAAUGACUAAGAAUUGGGAUCUUGAGGAUGAAUGUGAGGAGGUGAAAUUGAUUGUCAAGAACUCUGGGUUGUGGACUGCGGUGGAGAGUUCAAAUAUUGAGCAUUACAGAGUUACCUUGUAUGCAUUUUGUGAGAGGUUCUACGGAGAGACUGAUACAAUGUUGUUCCCAUUCCGUGAGAUGGCGAUAACUCCCAAUGAUGCUCAUCAAAUUCUAGGUCUCGAGUUUGAGGAAAAAGCAGUCAGUGACGGGUUCGAUAGUAAAAUUUCUUGGGAGAAUAUCUUUGAAUUGACCAGAGAUUUGUUCGGUUGGAAUCAGGUUCGAACGGAGUCUGUACUUGAGGUGAAGGAUGGUCAUCUAUCCAAGAAGUUUAAUCUGAGGAAGUUGAAGGAUGCAUUAUCUGGGACCAAGAAAAUCUUUGAUGAGGAAGGAAUGGUGGACUUGGUGCGAAUCAAUGCUACCGCAGCAGGUUAUUUGCUAUACGUCCUGGGAAAAUGUAUCUUCCUCGACAGUUCUGAAAGCUCGGUCGACGCCAAGUAUGUUCAACUAUUGCAUCCCUUAAACGAGAUGCAUGAGUAUUCUUGGGGUACUACGGUAGUCUCCUUCUUGAACAAUGAGUUGACAAAGGCUUCAAGGGCACUCACUGCGCAAGUCGACGGAAAUAUAUGUCUCUUCCAGGUAAUUUUAUUGUGUAAAUCGUUUAUAUUCGGAAAAUGAUUGUAAGAUAAGAUCCUUACUAAAAUUUGUGUUUGCAUAUAUUUGGAUAUAUGAGCACUUCCCUUCUUUGGUGAAAGCCGACUCCUACAUCAAAGUGAAUGAGAAUGUAGCGAUUAAUAGGCCAAAAGGACAGAGAUACAGUUUUAAGGGUGGUCAAGAUAAGGAAAUAUCGCAACAGCUUAUCAAACUCUGAAUCGCCGUUGAAAAAUUGACUGCGGAUGAGGUAACAUUUGAUCCGUAUCGAGAUGCUAGAAAUCAAGGUUUAAUCCAAAUGAGAGAUGAUGUUGCAUUAUACUACGGUCCUUUGAUGAUCACCCAUGGAUAUUCUAUGUAUGAUCCACAUCGGGUAAUGCGACAGUUGGGUUACGUCCAAGAAGAACCCCAUUUAGAUGAUGAGCCGUCCUUUAGAGUGGCAAGGAAUGACUGCAGCACGUCCCAAAAAAGUAUUGUCGUCGCUUACGCUCCAGCUACCGAACACUGGGAUGAUAGACAUGGCCGUAAGUAUUGUCGUCGCUGACUGCAGCACGUCGACACGAGUCUUUUGGACGAGGUGACAGAAGGUCAUGAAGCUCAUGAGAGAUACAUGUCGUGGUACUUGGGUUGGGCUCUACCUACUAUGAUUAGGGAAAUGAAUGCUGAAUAACUGGCUCGUAAGAGGAAGAUGGCAUCGAAAGACCCAGCAACAAGUCUUAAGUUCUUUAAGGAGCAUUUGAAGAUCCUUGUAAAGGUAAUGUGUUGCGCGAGAGAAAUAGGAGAGCCUUUGUCGAUUGAAGAGCAAAGCAAGCACAUUGACUUUGCUACCAAUGUUGAAAAUGAGGAUGCCUAUGAAUUGUUCAAGCAAGCUGAUGCUGAAGUAAAGAGGGAAGAAAAAGAUAGGAGGGAAGCACAAGCCAAGAUGAAUGCUGACAAAAAGAGGGGUCAUUCCCUUGGUGGUGGUGAAGGUAGUAGUAGUGGUGGUGCUCCUAAACGGGGUCGGUCCCGUGGUCGUGGUAGUGAAUGAAUGCAUUCCUAGUUUAUUUCUUUAUGUUGUGGUACACAAAUGUUAAGGUUAACGGUUAGACAAAUGUUUUUUUAAGGUUUAUGGGACACGUUUUCGUAUUUUGGACAAAAAAUGUUUGAUUUCUAGUUGUUGAA